AUGAGAAUAUACUCCAGCCUCUGGAACGCCGAUGACUGGGCAACACAAGGAGGUCUUGUGAAAACGGACUGGUCCAAAGCUCCAUUCACUGCUUUUUACAGAAACUUCAACGCCAACGCUUGUGUACCAUCUUCUUCUUCUUCAUCUUCUUGCUCUUCCAUGACGACAAGCUCUGUGUUGUCUGGUGCCGAGUGGCAGACUCAGGGGCUCGAUGCAGCUGGCCGAACGAGACUUCGAUGGGUCCAAAAGUAUUACAUGGUUUACAACUACUGCAGCGAUUUGAAGCGUUUUCCACAGGGCCUCCCACCUGAAUGCACACGUUAA